AUGGUGUCUUGUACGCUCGACGUCCUUUCCUCCUCGGCUAGUCGAUCCAGAGGUUCUGAUUCGGGGUCUGAUUUAGCGGUUUCUCUCUUUUGCUUGUGCCGCAGCGGAGCUGGAAGAGCAGCAUGAGAGUCUCCGCAGGGCUGUCGACAGCUGGCGGUGCCGGGGCCCGGAGAUUCUCAAGGAACUCCGCGGGGGACCGUGCUCCUCCGCCGCGGCGGCCGCGGCCGCUGCUGACUCCCGCGGCGCGAGCUCCCGUCCGAUCGAAAUACACGUGGAGCCGAUGGAGCAUUCCGGCCUCCGCUCGCUUCUCGACUCGGACAAUGUGGACCUGGCGAAGUUUGUGAUGGUUCUCUCGUACGAUUGCAUCGAGAUUGCCAGACUCCGUCGGCACGUGAGAGAGACACUCCCCGAUUCGAUAUCGUAAGGUGUUCAGAUUGAUGAAAGGGUCUCAUAUUUUUUGUUUGAUAUUUGAUGUUUGCAGGCCUCCAGAAGAAUAUACAGGCAAUUGCUAUUGUUUGGGCACAGGUCCAGUUCCCAGGAAGUACUUCUGGAAGGAGAGCCGCAAAAGGCAGUUGGUCAAUCUCUGUCUCUGUUCAUGGAAUUGUAUGAGACAGUAAGCCGGAUGUCUGCUGUCUUAAACAAUUUGCUUCGGCAGCUGAAUUACUUAUAUUCCCAGCAAGACAAGAACAGUAGGCCAUACAUAGCUUUGAGUAGUAUCUCUCUCAGAAGCUUAUUUGACUCUUUUGGUGAGGGAAUGAGCACGCUGCUGGUGUUGGACGAAAUUUUGAGACAGAAUACGCAAAUCAAAGGACACUUGUCACAAUUCAAAAGGUGGCAAUUUUUUGUCUUCCUUUAUUAAGCUUGUCCUCGAAAUUGAUCCUUCAUUUGAGAAUCAAUCAUGGCCUUUUCCCCCGAUCUGACACUCUGAAUUUGAUGUAGAGGAUGCGCAUAUUGUUAAAUUUAGACAGGUUCAAAACAGUAUGCAUGCUCUUUUGUUUUAUAGGGAAAAGAUGUGGGAGUACAAAAAUUUAAUUUCACUUGAGUUUAAUUUGAGCUCAUCUUCAUAGUAUGUCUGAGAAUCUGAUGAUAUAGUAUUUUCAUUGAAUGAUGUUUAUUAAAAUGGUCCUUUUUCAUUGAGAUUAGAUAGGGGGCUUAAAUUGAUCCUCUGCUGUUAUUAAUACCAAACUUUUAAAUUGAUCUUAUGUUCUUAUUGUUACUAAACGAACUCACUAAUUCUAUGCCACUCGGGACAGCCACCAUUAUAUUAAAAUGCCUAUGUCAAUGGGAAACUCUACGAAUUCCUGUCCUAUAUCCUGAGGAUAAAUUUGGGAUGGAUGGCAGCUAGAAUGCUCUAUGUACUAAACAGAAAAACGAAGGAAAAACAGCAGGACAAAUAUGCCAACUAGAUACGAAAAACUUCAUAUUUCCUCUCCUCAUCUAUCAACAUCGGUAGAUGAAGGAGAGGAAUAAAGGACAGCUUGCUCUCCAGAAUAUAUAACAACACGAAAACUGUACGGGCUUUUUUGACAAGCUGCCUGGCAUGCGCUCCAAGAAAAACUUUCUUCAUGAAAUCUGAAGAAAAUUUCAUGUGCUUUUUUACGUAAUUAAUGAAUUAGGGUGACUUGGUUCAUUAUAUGUGCCAACUGCAAUUUUUUAUUUGGGGAUCCCUUGUCACUCUCCUAUUAAGGAAGGUGAACUAUGGCAAUGGAAGUUACUUUUGAGGCCUUGGAAAGAAAAAGGUUCUGAUUCUAUUGUCUGAGAACCUUGCUACUUUAUCUUUAUUUAACAUCUACUUGUUUGAUAUUUUUCUCUACUAGGAUGUUGAGUAAGGUAAAACUGGAGAUAGAUACAUUCAAUAUCUCAGUAAAAGAUCUUGACAGCCUUGAUGAAGUGGUCUCCCACGUAGAAAAUCUUUUCAAUGCUGGUUUGUUCCAGGUAUGAAUUAUUUGGUUGAUUGUCCGUUAAUCAAAAGAAGAUGUUUCACAUUCCUUGUGUGUCCCAUUUUUUCUAAAAUUUUCGACAAUUGUCUAGUAAGAACAAAAUGAGAGUACGUUAUAAAUUUUUUUUCUUAUUCCAGUGUAUGAUAAAUGGGGGAUUGCAUUCGAACGAUGUGCUUAAAAAGACCAGCUGUAACAGGAAACUUAUUGAUGCAUUUACGUCAUGGACUCAUAAUGAAUUGCUGGAACUUCUUCCUCGACUUGGUAUAUUUCAUAAGCCUUAAUCUUCCGUGUGGAACUUGUCUUUUGCUGAAUGUGUGUUGAACCUUUAUCUUUUUGUUUGUAUGAAUUUCUGUCCAUCCAAAGCUGACAUCUAUGGUUUUCUCCAUUAAUCAUUCAGAUACAUGGAAGGAACAUCCAGUACAUCGUAUGAGAAUACUGCAACAUAUUGCCGUAUUCAUAUUUUCUGCUCAUGCUCUUGGUAUGUUUCUCUUUGAAUAUGUAAAGAUCAUAGCUUUUAUUAUUUCCAAACUCUAUAUCCUUGAAGGCAUCCAUAUGCUUGAGUGAUAUCCACAUCUGUUAAACUACCGAAUCCUCUAUUUUUUUGUUUAUUUUUAAUACGGUUGUUCUUGAACUGGUGUAAUCAUGGCGCACAAAUCUAGUUGUAUAUUCUACUUGACUAGUCAUGUAGGCUUCUAGGUUGUAAACAUUUUUGUUUCUUGUUGACGUGAUUUUUUAUUGCAAAUGAGGAUAAAGAGUAAUGAGCUCAAACUUCUCUUUAGAUGUAGGUGCUAUCUUUUUAUUUACUUUCUAAUAGUUAAAAGCAUGAAGUGAUUUAAUUUUUUCAUUUUCCUGUCCCAUAUCCUUUAGUCUCUUACUUAUCAUUAUCUGACAUCAUAGAUAAUUUCGGAUCAACAUUGGUGUCCCAUUUUUCACGAAAUUUCUUUAUCUACUCCAAUAACUGCGGACAUCUUGCAUUUAAAAUUCCGUUUGACAAGGGAUUUAUAACCCUUUCUUCUGAAUAUCUGUCUACUCUUCAGGAUGGUGCCUUUUGGUAGCUUCACAUGCUUGCAUCUUGAGUUAAUGUCCUUUGAUUUUUAAUGAUGUUAUGUGUGCGAACUCCCUGAGGAGGUAAUUUUCAUCUCCUCUUGCUUGGAUGCUCAGAUGAAGCUCCUGAGAAGAAACUAGGGAAGAUAAUUGCGGAUAUGCUACGCAAGGUUCCUGUAAUUUAUGUUGAAUGUGGCAUCAGAUUUACGCUUUUGGGUGUAAUAAAAAGGCAUUGUCCUCAGUUACUAACCACGUGGCCCAGUCUGAGAGGUGCUGCUAAAGAUGGUGAUCUCACGUUGAAGAAUUAUUUAACAAAUCUGAGUGAGUCUCACUCAAGGUAUGCUACUUGUGUCUCCAUAAAAAACAUUGCAUUGGCAUUAAAAUGAUUAUUUCCAGAAUUUAGCCUUUUCUGAAUGAAAAAUGUUUCAGCAUAUAUAACGGAUGUAAACAUUGUUAUGUUGAAAAUCCCGUAUUCAUAGACCUUUCUUCUUUUGAUAACAUGGGCUUGGCCGAAUGUCUCAUGCUUGUCACUCUGAAUGCUAUUGAAAGCUCCACGCUGCUUCCAUAACUGCAUAUGCACAUGACUGAGCGAGGGAACAACUGAUGUUAAAUGUGGAUUAAAAGAUGUAUAUUGACAACUCCAGAUUGCUUAAAAGCUUAACUUUAGAGAUUGCUCUUGAUUGACAUCCUGAAGCAACGAUGUCCUCACCAAUCCUAGGCUUCAUAGGGUUUCUAAAGGUUGAUAUUUGUAGAGGAUUGGACUUGGUUAAGAUAAUAGAAUAAUUUUUGCGUAUUAUUAUAUACGAUGCUGUAAUGAUAUGAGCAUGUACAGUAUUAAAUAUUUUAUCUUAGCCAGUCUUUUGCAUUUUCUUUUAAUAUUUCUAAAAUUUAUACUUUAAUCUGUUUGGCACGAUUCCAUUAUGGAGGCAGUGGGGAUGGGAGAUGAGUAUGUAGUGUGGAAAAAUGGUGAGAGGAAGAGGUGGAUAAUGGCAUCUGGAAGAACGGAAGUUGUGGAGAGAAAGAUGAGUUGAACACGAGAUACAAGGCAUUCCACUGGGAUAUUGAAAUCUGUGGUUUGGAGACUGCAAGAGAGAGAACUAUCUCUCCUAUUACUGCCGGAGAUGGAGGAAUAGAGAUGUGGAGAUAGAAAAACCACAUGAUACUGAGAUUCUUGUAAGAAUCUGUGAUCUGCAAAAUUUGAGUGGGUUGUGGAGGAGAUUGGCUAUAUUAAAGAGAGGUGGGAUUGUCUUGAUCACAGCUCUGCGAUGGAUAGUUUUGGAGGAUUUGUUCCUAAAAUAUGCCAGUCUUCUUUUUAAUUUUUUGCUAAAAAUAUAUUUCACGCCCUCUUUGUCUUUCUUUCCUGUUGUGUCAGUUUUCCACGACAGUAUUAUCCUAUCAUUUCUGAUUUUAGAAAAUCAUUUAUGGCAGCUUAAUUUUGAAUGGGGAAAAAAGUAAUGAAAAAAGCUUUUUCGUUUCAGGGAUUGGCAAGCAGUUAAAGAUUCAUUAUCUUGUUGGGUGGCAUCAUUCCAGUCAACGGUACAUCCAACGGUAAAUAUUAUGAUUGCCGAUGAACAAUUUUAUUUGCCUUCUGAAGGAUUUGAGGUGAAAUAUUGUGGCUUCAGGGUGGGUCAUCGACGUCCCAUGCUGACUUUCAGCUUCAAUUGAGGCAAAUUAUUCAGGUACCUCAAUAAGUCUACACUUUUGUAAGAGAUCUUCCUGUGGUUGUUAUACCAUCAUACGAUUGUUUUUUCUCCUCGUACAUUUUAUUCCAAUAUUUUUAUUGAUUGGCUUCUUCGAGCUCUGCUUUGGGUGCUUUUCUUAUCUCAUCGGGUUCAUAUUGUCAUUGGGAUUCACUCUUAGUUACUGAUUUAGUGCAGGGGAUACUCUUGGCGAGUAGAAUGCAUACGUUAGCACUGUCAAUUAUUGAUCUACAUUCAUCACUUGAGGCAAGUAUUAAAUAGUGUGAAUCUCUUCUAUUGCAACGGCAGUGUUACGUUUCAUGCCAUCUGAUUUUAUUCUUACAUGGUUGAGAUGAUGUGCGUUUUACAAUCAUUGCGCUAUUCUAGCAUUGACCAGAAUUAGUAUUACUUGUGCUCAUUCAGAGAAGAGGUUAGAAGAAAAUUAUCUGCAAACUGAAAGCUUGAUUGUUUCAUGCCUUCAACAAAUUCGAUGCUUUACAGAUAUUUUAUUUAAGUUCAAAUUCCCUUUCUUCCUGAAAGUCUGUAAUGCAACUUUCUCUGAGGUUUCACUAGCUAUCUGCAAUUACUUCUAACCAAGUAAUAAUUUCUGCUUCUUUUAAGAUCCCUGAUGUUGUAGUCCUCGCGAUAAAUUGCAGGUUCCUGUUCGAAGGGAAAAGUUUAGGUCUCUUUGCCAUAUGCUCAUUCUAAUGAAGGUAAGAAACUACUUGUCUUUAUUUACUCCUAAUUUGUCUAUAUUCACGAUGGGCAUAUCCUUUUCGUUUAUAGGUAAUAGCAAAAACAUUCUGUGCCAAAAGACUGGAGAUAAUCCAAUGUCUACCUCAUGUGAUAAAUCUAAUUCAAGCCAACAUUGAAGGACUUAUUUUACCCGCCAAGGUAGAUCAUAGCCGUUAUCUUUUUUGUUUUAUGUGGCACUAUCGUACAAUGACUCUCUUGUCCUGAUCCAGCUACAUCUAGAAGCAGCAAAGGGAAGUCAAAUGAGCAAAAUCAAAAUUUUGAGCUUGUUAACUCAUGGUAUAUCACUGAUGUCGGCCUCAUUUUUUUUCUCCUUGAUGUGUCGUACAUUUAGGAAAGUAAAAAGUCAUUCACCUGAAAAUCCUAUUUGAUAAUUGUCAUGCCAAUAAAACACAUAUCAAUCAUCAUUUUUUAUUUGUUCAUUGCGAUGUUCUUUAUCACUUUUUUCAUUCAACUCCCAGACAUAACAUGGUCUCUCUUAUUUCCUUCUUUUCUCAUGUCUUCUGUAGAUAGUAUCACCAAUUGUGCAUUCUAGGUUGAGUCAAGAGUUAGGGUCUUGAUAUGAGAAUUUCUGCUCUCUUUUUUUUUUAUUACCUCUUUUCCAGCUUCCAAUGUGUUGCUAAGAGCUUUACCAUAAAGUGUAGAUAUGGGUCACAUCUAGUGCAGGGAUGAAGUAAUUCUUCAAAUUGGGGGAAAAAUAUUAAUAAGUAUAAAGCAUAUGAGAGAUAUUUAUCUUUUCCUGCAAGAGAAGAAUCUAGCAUGAGAACUCUGGAGCCAAGGGUUGAGCUCAAGGGUAUUGCAUUGUGGUGCUAAAUGAGAAGACUUAAAAGAUCAGGAACAUGGAAAGAGAAACAGACUGUCUUUUGUUUGUUGAAUAAUGUCGGUGUCAUUAGCCCCAUCUCUCUACAUUUCUAUGUCGCGUAAUAAAUUGCGAUUCCACGUUUCAUUGACUCCGGAUGAGCCUAAAACAAAUAUCUUAGUUAUGCAGCCUUUCUUCUAGUCAUGUUUUAAUCAACUAUAUUUCAGUUACAAUUAGGUAUGACUUGAAUUCGAGAUUAAUUAUUGUAUGGUUGCGGGAUUUGAGCUUGAUGUCUAUGUACCAUCCUUCUUCAUCUAACUGAACACAUGAAUGACUUAAUGAGAGUAGACCGAUGAUUUUCCUCUUUGAAUCUGAAUUACUCACUUUUAUGUUUACGCGGCUAGUCAAGAGAAUUACCUGAGUUCUUAUUGAGAAAAAUAAUUUACUGAAAUAGCGUCGUAGUUAUCAGUUUAGAAAAGUUUGUGUCAAACUUAUUCUUCCUGAAACCCUAGAUCACCAAGGCCGCUGCUCCAAGACUCCGAAUUCAAGAAAACACAGAAAACUUCUUUAUUCAUUGAUUGGGCCCAUAUAUAUAUGGGUUACACUCGGUCCUCAUUAGUUUUCGGAUCUAAGGACCCAUUAUAAGUAUCCAUUAUAGCUAAUUGUAUCUCACAAGGGUAUUAUUACAAUAUGGAAAAACAUAUAGACUCAAGAUAAAAUUUUACAGUUUGACAGUUUUGAUUAUUUUAAUUUUCUUCAACUUUUGCGUACUAAUUGUAGUAUAUUUGUUUGAGCUCACUUUUUUGUACGAAUGUAGGUGGCAAGGAUGCAGAUGCAAAAGUGGCUGAUUCUCUUUCAUUGGUAAAUUAGCUAUGUUUUGAGACCUGUAAAUUUCCUUUUUUGUGCUUUCAUGUCCUAGGAUUUAAUGUCUUCCUCUUUCAUUUAUAGGUCCUAUUAUCUAUACAUCUACUUCAGGGAAAUGGAAGCUCUAAGAGACAAAAAAUAUUUUCUAUUACUAUGGAUGUUCUCGAGAGCAUUGUAAGAGGUUUUCUUAAUGGUCAUUCUCUCAACGAUUCGUUUUGCAGUUAUUCCCUUCUCUUCUUAUAGCUUGAGUCAUAUUUUCUCUUCUGACCUAUAUGUGAUAAGAUAAAAGGUGAUUUUGAGGUGUAAAAUAAUAUUUUAGUGAUCUUGAACAUAAAUUAAGACACUUAAAUCCUCAAAUCACACUAGGAUCACAAAAAAGAUAUGGUGUAUCAAUAAGUCAUAAACCACUUUUAUAUGAAAUCUACUGCAUGAGAUAAAAUAGGUUUAGAGAUACAUAGAUGCAGUUAUGUACUCUAUAGGUGGAUUGUCUUUUAGUUAUAAAUGUGUCACAGACAGAAAGUGGAUAUACAGUAAAAGAUCAGUGUAACCUUUCAAUGUCCAUAAUAUUCACCCGAGGUUUCAGUGUGAGCCGUUUCCUGGGCACAAGUGAUACUACCUGGUUUUCGGAAACUUGCAUUUAGAUGUGACCACUAUUGGAUAACUACUCUGAUUCUGGCUGCCCGACAUCAAGUUGAAAACGAGCCAGUUCCAGUGGAGUACUUGAUUCUCAAUGUUCACGACAUGAAAAGAACUAUAUACGUCCCAGAGGACUGAUGAAGAUCUAGAUGAAAUUCUGUAACGAAGAAGUUAAGGCGCUAUUUGCUUGCAUCAUGUAGCCUCAAAAAAUGACUUUUAUAUUCUUCUCAUUUAUUUUUACUGCCUUCGUUUAGUGUUUUGUUUUUCCCUUUCAACUUGAAGGAGUAGUACCUUCCCUUUUAUGUUUAUUGUUGGUUAUUAUACAAUCUCAAGGAAGAAAAUGAAUUCAUCAUUUUCCUCUUCUAUUGCCACUCAAAUAUUGAUCUAUUCUUCACCAAUGAUAGGGUCAUGUAGAUGUAAACUUCAUGAGGAUUAGGAAGUUAAUGUCAAAGCUUGCCAUGGUCGUGGAUUUUCAAAGCAUAGUUGAAGAGGUCACAGAUUGCAGUUUUUUGUACUGGAGAAAAGAAAUGCUGAGAGAUUGGCUAAAUAUGGUCUAUAUUGAUAACAAAUUCUCAUGGCUGCAGUGAGUAAAAAUCUUUUUGUGUCAUGUUUUACUUAUCAUUUAUCUCUCAUCUUGACUGAAAUUCCGAGUUAUCAGGUAUCUUCUUGAUGCUUUCUGUGAUGGCUUGAGGCUUCUUGAUCUAGGCAAUGUUGGUAAACUUUCCCAACAAUCAUAUAAGAGACUACUAGAGGACGAUGUGACCAAUGUAUGCUUCGUUUUCCCCCCUAUAUUCAUUUAAUUAAACAUAUAAUCUUUUGGACGAAAUUUUCAACAUAUCCAGGAUUGGUUUGUGGGUAGCAUUUUAUUUCUCUGGGCUUACCCACUCUUCAAAUACAGGAAAUUGUUCUGCCUCUUUGCCGGGAUAUUGAAAAUGAUCUCCGUCUACAUGUACAUUCGACUUAUCUGAAGGGAUCUGUGCAUGUGAAUCUGACAAAGGUGAUUUGUUCCUUUAAAAUCACUAACACUUGAGUAAAUUUUUUCUUUGAAAAUGCAUCAGCUUUAAGCUCGGUUUCAUUUGAAAAUAUUUUCUUCAAUAUAUUACUUUCAGAGUGGCGUGCGGAAUCUCUCAUGGUAUCUGCAAAUGAGACCUCUAUGUCUUCCAUUCAAAUUUAUUGAUAUAAGAAUACUUGUUGAGUCCUACCUAAAUUCUACCUUUUACAACCACACAACAAUGGCUCUGUACAACUGGAAGGUAACCAUUUCUAUAAUGAUACUCAAUCUACCUCUCAAUGGCUGCAAAUUUUGACCGGAGAAUUUCUUCGUGUUUUCGUGUACAUUUGUCUUCUCGAAAAAAGUAGCCCUCUGUAUGACUUGGAAGUAUGACCCAAUAAUUCCUGUUUCUGGGUCUUGUCUUCAGGUCUACUCUGAAAUGAGACAGCUUGCCGAGCUCAAGUACGGGCUCCUAUUGGAUGAUACUCAUCUUCCUGGGGAUUCUUCAGGACACGGUUUCGACUUUGCUGAAACUAUAAAAGAUGUGUGCACAUUUGCCAGGAGUUACACAUAUAAUCUAAUUAAGCAAGUAAGUUGGACAGUUUUGCCUUUCCAAAAUCAGGUGUAUCCUCAUUCAAACUAUCUCUGGGUCUUUGAAAUAACUUUUCUUCGGUAAUGUUUUGAGAGAAUCACAAAAUUCAGUAACAUGUAUGCAGCAUAUCAAGUGCCAAAUUGCUAUUUGCAAACGAUAAUUUUAACUGGGGCAGGAUUGAAACUAUGGAAUGAUGUGGAGAAACAGAAAAGACGUCGCUAUACGUUUAAAUUUCUUCUGGAGAAUGGACAGGAACAUUACUGCCGCAAGUCCAGUCCCAAAGUUGUUAAUCCAAUUCUCCUCUGAUGUGAAGUGUAGGCUGUACGUUUGUCAUGAUCCCGUAUGAUUCGAAGGAACUUGACUAGCAAAAUUGUUGUGGGCAGGGUUAUGGUUUUUCUCAUGGAAGCAUUUGGAAAUUGUUUACCAAAAGAUUCUUAUAUUUGAACCGCUCACAUUUUUCAGGCAGUCGACUUGCCAAAAUUUCUUACAUAUUUUCAUUUCAGUCAUCAAUUUUCCGGAAAGCAAAUAUUUCUUGUUUUAGUCAUAAAUUUAUAAGCAUCCGCGAUAAUCCAUAGCAUCGGUGAGUAACUCCAUCUAACAUGGUGAUUUUGUCGGAGGAACUGAAAUUCCGAGAUAAAGAGGCUACUUCACAAUGUUACAUAUCUCCUCCCUGACCAGAUUCUUGGCUUUGAGCAUCAUGAUUACCACCAUGUUGUGGUAAUCCGAUUUUUUAAUUCCAACCUCUCCUAAUGAUAUCAACUCCAGUUCCCGUACAAUUAUUUUGAUGAUAUAUUUCUCUAUAGUUCUUGUACGUAUUAGAAUUUUUUUUUCAGGACAUUAUUCCAGUUCACCCAAGAUAAACUCGUAUCGUCCUAUUUUAGAUUUUCAUUGGGAAAGUCAGCAAUGGUCAACAAAGGAAGACGCCAAUUGUUCUUGGUGUAGAUCACGUUGUGUCUGCUAUAUCUACACAUGGUUUGACUACAAUCGGUACAGCUAUUGAGAGCAUCAUUGCUUUUCUGACACAAAAAAUGCAAACACUUUCGGACCUUCUUCAAGAUGACAUCUUGAGAUCACUUAUAUUGAAGGAAAAGAUAUGGAAGGUAAAAGGGCAUGCUUUAUUCUUAAUUAUUUUUUCAUCCUGAAAAUGUGGAACGCGUUGUUUUUUUUUUCAAUUAUAAAUUACUAUGUUAUUUUCUUGUGUACAUACGAGUCACACAUGCAAUGGGUACUUCUGUAACUCUACUUUGAUCUUCACUGCCCCUCUUGCUUUGCGAGUGUUAUUAUUAUUAUUAUUAUUAUUAUUAUUAUUAUUAUUAUUAUUAUUAUUAUUAUUAUUAUUAUUAUUAUUAUUAUUAUUAUUAUUAUUAUUAUUUACAUUAUUAUUAUUAUUUACAUUAUUAUUAUUAUUAUUUACAUUAUUAUUUACAUUAUUAUUUACAUUAACCUGUCCUUUCUUUUCUAUGAAAGGUGGAAUUUUGAAAAAAAAAUCGACUUUUAAAUUCCGGAAGAAGAAAAUUUCUCUUGAAGGAAGCAAAUGCCUCCUGAACCAGAAGAAGAAAAAAAUUGUAUGAUUUUUUAAAAUAAGAUCUUAGUGUCCUCAGCAAAAUAUAUAAAUAUAUAUAUAUUGUAAAAAGGAGAGGUACGACAGUGAAAUUAAUUUUUAAAAAUUUGAUAAAUUCUAUUUUUUUCAACUGAAUGACCAGUUGGCUCUGAUUUAUUUUGCUUAUAUAAUUCGCAAGUUGGCAAAGAAUUACUCACUCCGUAUCCGUUUAUGCAGGGUGAGAAGGGAAUCCCCAACAAGUAUCCUUUCACGCGUGCCGAGCAACUGAGCGCAGCCAUGGCAAAGCAUUCCUUUGGAGACCAUGAAAUCAGCGUUAUAGAGCAGCUACACUCCACCAUUACUGAAAUAGGCAAUGGGUUGGGACUGGCGAGGCUUCUGCAUACUGGCGGUUCCCGUCAUGCCUGCCAGACAUCAAGGUAACGUUCAGUAGGUUCAGACUUCCUUCUCGCCCUCGUAAUUUUUCUUUCAUCCGUUUCUCCUUUCCUUCUCCUCUGAACUGCAGCUUGACCCCCACACCGAGAACUGACACAAGCUACAUGGAAAGUGGGCCCCCUUUCAUCUCUCCUGAGGGGAGCAGCGACAAGGCCAUGGAUGGAGCAGCUGAUGAUAAUCAUGUUUCUCUUCUCUUAUCUUCGGUAUCAAAGGUAACAGCUGUCGCCAUGAGAAGUUCUGUCUGAGGCACCUUGACCUGGUCAUUCCUGCGUGUAUGCCAUAUAUAGUAGUGUGCAUUGAAGCGGUCUUAUUGCCUGAUUUGGUCACAGGAGCUCCAGAGAAGUGGGAGCCUCCAUCUCGAGGAUUUUCACCUCCUAGUCCCAGCCCUCACUGUCAGCUUGAUGGAGAUGAGACUUCUCCACAGGGAGAAGUCACUGAGGAGGGACCGUGAACUGGGGAGCCACUUAGUUCCAGAUGAUGGUUUUCCCAUGGGCGCCUGCUGCAUUCUCAAGGUAAUAUCAAUCCCUCUGACCACCCCCCCUCCUCCCCCACCAGUUCUCUACUUGAUUUUUAUUUUUUAUUUUUUUUUCUAGUUUUAGUAAUCAUCAGAGUCUCCUCCGGCGUUUAGUCUCUAUUUAUUUCCCCAUUUGGCAUCAAACCUCAGGUCACUGAGCGAGAGAAAUCCUUUGACGAGCUCAACUGGUUUGCUUCUGCAAGCAAGCAUCUGGACGAGGCCCUCGCCUCCCUGGGCCACGGAACGGAGCAGCCAAAGGCGAGCAGGAUCUUCGGCUUGAAGCUUUGGAACCAGGCUCCUCCGCCCAUCUCCAUCUCUCCCGAAUCCCACAAGGUUGAGAAGAAGAAGAAGAAGAAGAAGAAGAUCUCAGCUCCCCACCUCCCCUCUCUUUCUAUCUCUAUAUUUAUUUUAUUUUAUUUUAUUUUUUAUUAUUUUAUUUUAUUUUUUCUGUGCAGGGAAUGGAUAGGCUGAGGAGGUGCCAGAAGGAAAUGGCGCUGGUAGAGUAUAGUUUCAAUGCGGCGAGGGCGAUCAUCUCUUGAAGGUCCCAGUUAAAGCAUUCUGUGGAGAAAAAUAAUGGUCAAAUAAAUCCUGCGAUUAAAAUAAAAUAUUUAUUUUCAAAAUAUUCGGGCUUCUAGAGAGAUCAUGCGCUUAGCUGAAUGAAAAAUAUCCAAGAUAAUGCCAUGGUUCCUGGGCAAUCUCUUGCAGAAUUUAAUCCCGUAGAUUGUGGGAAUUAUAAAUUAAAAUUAAAAUUAAAUGACAGGAGGGUUUUUUUUUUUUGGUUCUGCCAGCAGUAAAUAUUCAAUUUCUCUUAUUAUAUCGAAUUUUUAUAAUUUUCGCAUGGAAAAGCUCUGCAAACGGGAAUGGGCAACGUACCGAAAAAUACUAACUCUCACAUAUUUGCCUGAACUUUAUAAUAUUUAACAUCCCAUAUUUAGUGAAAAUGGGGGGUUGGUCGGGUGUUUUAAUGUACGUCCCAAAUUUUAGAGCACCCAAUCUCUCUCUCUCUCUCUCUCUCUCUCUCUCUCUCUCUCUCUCUCUCUCUCUCUCCCCCCCCCCCUCUCUCUCCCUCUCUCUCUCGCACGCCUUCCCUCUCUCUCUCUCGCUCCCCCCCCCCCCUCUCUCUCCCUCUCUCUCUCGCUUCCUCCCUCUCUCUCUCUCGCUUUGUGCUGUCUCUCUGUCCGAAUCCAGCUGGUGGGCCGUUGACAACCGUAAGUGUGGCGCGGUGUGGAAGGAAAAGUCAGCGGGUGGGAGAAUAAACCCCAGGGGAGCCGUUUUCGGCAAGGAAGCUUCCGACAUCCGAGGGCCGGGGUGCGGAUUUAUUUACCCCAUCCCUCCCACAACAUCAGCUUCCACGCUACGACAGACGCAGCUUCUCCCCCACACUUUCGAGCAUCGCAGGAUUUCCCAAGAACUCGGAGGAGCUUUAAACCCUCCCCCCUCCCCUCUCUCUUCCUCGUCACCCUCCCGCCCCCUUCUCUCUCUUCUCCCUCUCCUCUCUCUCUCUCUCUCUCUCUCUCUCUCUCUCUCUCUCUACCAUGCUGCUGUCCGGUGUGGACUCGGUCCCUCUCCUGCAGUUGCAGUCCCCCGACGCGUUCGCCGUCUUCUGCUUCUUCAACCUGAUCAUCGCAUUCCUCCUCGUCAGCAGCACCGCCGCCUCCAGGUCCGCCCCUCCGCCGGAGAAUCCUGCUGCCGAGGACGAACCGCCGGUCGACGGCGGCGCUGUCGCCGGAGAAUCCUGCCGCUCCGGCGAUGCGGGCGACGAGAGAGUGGUCUUCAACGCGGCGCGCUCGCCGGAGGAAGGAGAGCCGGUCGACAUGAGCUGCGCCGCCGCCGGAGAAUCACCCUCCCCCGCUGAGGAGGACGACGAGCUGAACCGGCGAGUGGAGGCGUUCAUCGUGAAGAUGAACAGGGUCUGGAUGGCGGAGAGGGAGGAGACGCGGCGAUCGCCCUCCAUUAUUCUCCUCGGUGGAGAGCUCGGGCAGUAG